UGGUGUACAACACACGACAUCUUUUCUUAGAUGAAGUGUCGCGCACUAGAUGGUAGCAUCAUCUGAGUUUCCUUCGUGUUUUUGAUGCGAUCAAAAGGAGGAAGGACUUCCAAUUAUCAGUGUCUUUUGGAGCACCAAAUACAACAAUAAAUACGUCGCAUAUGGCGCGAUUGAAUGAAGCGCCUUGCGCGAGCGAAUCGAUCGAUGCAUUAAAACGAAGGUUCAUUAGACAAAAUCGAGAGCUUGCAAAAAACAACUCUGCACAAUCCGUGCGCAUACGCUGCCUGGAAGCCGAAAUAUCACGUCUGCUUACUGAUAAUCUACAAUUGAGAGAUGAAAUCCUACAACUGCGUAACGAUCUCGAAGGUGUUCCAAGCAAAAGGCUAUUGGGGGUCGUAAAGGAUCAGUUGGAGGCUCAGGUACAAGUACUUGCACAAUUGGUUGCAGGCAUUGGCAUUUCUCGAGAAAAGAAAGAGAAGAAGAAUGAGGCAUUGUCAUUGCGCCUCCCGACUGUCGGUUGGGGCAGGGGAUUGUCUGAUCCACUAGACGGCACAGAUGGAAGGCUUCCAGCUAUAAUGGAAGACAAAUCGUAUCCUCGGCAAACACUCAAUGCGGAAGAGAUACAAGCUCUCGCCGAAGGCAGUGCAGAUUCCCCUGCAUUAGGGUCGCCUCCCGUGUCGUACUUUAGGGACGAGGAGCCCAUUAAGUUCGAAAACCUCUCUACUGUCGAGCCUAAGAAGGAAAACGAGGAUUUAGAUUCAUUCCCGCCCCAUCUGGAGACUAGACGAAAGAAAAAAGAUGGCAACACGAAGAUUGCGAUCCGAAGGAUGUCCGUAUUUAGUCCAUCAGAGGAGGAAGCCAAGAACGGAGAGGAGAGCAAGGUCAGAGUGAUGCAAACAGCACCAACCAGAACUGGGGCAAAACGGAAGCUUGCUUUGCGGGACGAUGACGGCAAUCCCACAGAGGAGUUCACGUUCUGUCGCAAACCAAAUAAUACUUCAAAUUCGGCAGACGAAUUAAGAGAAAAAGACAGCAGUGCGGAGCCACUUACGGAUGGACUCAAGAGCGACUUAGGAAGACCGGCACUAGCAAAGCUAGCUGAGCGAAAAGCACUAGGUGAGAGAAAUGUGAAUACGGACCCUGUGGUGUCUCCUAAAAAGACUGUUAAAAAUCCAACGAUACUCGAAGAGAAGGAGGCAUUGAAAAAGAUGGUUGAACAGGCAAAACAGAAGCAGCGUACAUCUCGUGAUCGCAAAUCGAGAGUUGCUACAACGAUGCCUGUUACGACUGCGUCACAGAAUACUGCAUCUCAAGCAGCUCAGGUCUCCGAAGUUAGUCCUCCAGAAGAAUCAAUAAAGAUGGAUCUACCACCAAAGACGCCGGCCACAGUCGGAGAUAUGUUCUCUGCACCAUCAACAGAAGAUUCCACUCGAACUCAGGGAGGAAGAGAUACCCCUCCCCCAAGUGAUCUGUCGGCCUCGACAGAUGCGACUGGACGUCCUGGAAGGCGUGCCCGUGCCCAUGUUAAUUACGCAGAGCCGAGUUUGGCUGCAAAGAUGCGACGGCCGACAAAGGAGCUACUCGACGCCGUGGGCAAAGACGGCAGGCCACUCAGCGGUAUGAUCGUUAAAAAGGAUCCUGUGGGCUUAAAAACGGAAGGAUCAGAAGGCGUGGGCAGCGUAUGGAAAACAAUGCCUUCAGCAAGCAUGAUCAAGUCUGAGAGAGGAGAGGGACGAGUAGAACCAGGAAGUCCUCUUAGCAAGAAAAGUACGACCUCUAGGGAGCCAAUGAAAGCUGUUGCAGAGACAGAGCCUACUCAGCCGUCGGCAGCUUCUCAAGCUAUCGCAGCGUUGAUAAAAGAGUCCAGAACAAAUGCUGCAUCGAGACGACGGUCCACUGCUACCUUACAGCGAGCCCUAGACACUGAAAGAUGCGGUGAAAGAAAAGACAAAGGUUCAUCAUCAAUCUACGACUUCGCAUCCUCAUCUCCGCAACGUUCCUCCUCGCUUGCCGCAACGUCAUCGCGCCCGAACUCUCAGGCGUCGGACCGGAACACGGACACAGAGGAUAAUAGUAAAUCGGGAAGAACGUCAAGACGGCAUUCUUCGAUCGCAUCAUUAAGCGGUGCUCCUUCCAAGGAAAGCCUGACAGAUGCGGCAAAGGCGCCGAGUCGAUUUGGCACCGGUGUUGCGGCCGGCCACAAGAGAACAGUGAGCGGAACCGUAAGGACAAUUUCUGAGGUAGAUCAUGCUGCUGUAGACAGUGGAACGGAUCUGAGAGCAAGCCGAAGGAGGAGUAUGAUGCUUUGAUGAUGAUGUUGAUUGUAAGUGAGUUAUUUUGUGCGCAAUGCAGUCCGGAGCUUUCUCCUUCUUUGUGGAAUUGGUUGGGGCGCAUCUCAUUCGAUACCCUCCUUUUUGCUCGGCACAGACAUUCGUUGACUAGCGACAUGGGAGUUUUUGACAAAUAAUACAAGACAAACGGUGCCGAUCGGAUUAUAAUGUUUGAGAGACACUGUUGAUUCAAUACAUUUGUCCCACCCGCCUUGCAAUAACGC